AUGCAGCUCCUUCCACAGGGACCAUGUCCACCCGGCGCCUCCGCAGCGAGGACUACAAUGACUACAGCUCCACGGAUGUCACACCAGAAGGGAGCCCGCCCGAUGGCAUGAACGGCUUCGGCCACCCCGAGUCCUACCAGCGCUUUGGGGAGAGCAAUGGGACGACGUGGUACCAGACCCUGAUCCACCUCCUGAAAGGGAACAUUGGCACGGGGCUGCUGGGGCUGCCUCUGGCUAUAAAGAACGCUGGCAUCCUGCUGGGUCCUGUGAGCCUGGUGGUGAUGGGGAUCGUGGCCGUGCACUGCAUGGGCAUCCUGGUGAAAUGCGCCCAUCACUUCUGCCGCAGGUUCCAGAAGCAGUUUCUGGACUAUGGGGGUACUGUGGUGUACGGGCUGGAGUCGACGCCCAGCGCGUGGCUGCGGACACACGCCGUCUGGGGAAGGCGUGUGGUGGGACUCUUCCUGAUCAUCACUCAGCUGGGUUUCUGCUGCGUGUACUUUGUCUUUCUGGCUGACAAUCUGAGACAGGUCAUAUCUGCAGCAAAUGGGACCACCAAUGACUGCGCCUCCAACAGGACGGUGGUGAUGACCCCCACCAUGGACUCCCGGCUAUACAUGCUUUCCCUGCUGCCUUUCGUGGUUCUGCUCACCUUUAUCCAGAACCUCAAGGUCCUGUCCAUCUUCUCCAUGCUGGCCAACGUGGCCAUGUUCAUCAGCCUCAUCAUGAUCUACCAGUACAUCGUUAGGGACAUUCCUGAUCCCAGCAGGCUGCCUCUAGCAGCAGCCUGGAAGACCUACCCUCUGUUUUUUGGCACGGCGAUCUUUGCUUUCGAAGGCAUCGGGGUGGUGCUGCCUCUGGAAAACAAGAUGAAGAAGCCCCAGCAGUUCCCAGUCAUCCUCUACGUGGGGAUGAUCAUUGUCACCCUCUUGUACAUCAGCCUGAGUGUCCUGGGGUACCUGCGCUUUGGAGACAACAUUCAAGCCAGCAUAACACUCAACCUGCCCAACUGCUGGCUCUACCAAGCUGUCAAGCUGCUCUUCUCCUUUGGGAUUUUCUUCACGUACGCCGUGCAGUUCUACGUGCCCGCCGAGAUCAUCAUCCCUCCCCUCGUCGCCCGGGUGUCAGAGCGCUGGGGCUGGGUGGUCAACCUGCUCCUCAGGGUGGCCCUGGUCAGCGUGACCUGUGUCCUGGCCAUCCUCAUCCCGCGCCUGGACCUCGUCAUCUCCCUGGUGGGCUCUAUCAGCAGCAGCGCCCUGGCUCUCAUCUUCCCCCCGCUGCUGGAGAUCGCCACCUACUACGCCGAAGGCAUGCACCCCCUCGUCAUCGCCAAGGACAUCAUCAUCAGCCUCUUCGGCUUUGUGGGUUUCGUGGUGGGGACGUACGAGGCGCUGCUGGAGCUGAUAGCCCCCGCCACCACCGUUGUCAACGGCACCAGUGUCAUGGUGCAGUGACGGUCCCCCCUGCCCCACCGGCUUCCCCCCCACCCCCCUGGGAUGCCGUGCUGGGGGGCACACGGGCACCGGGCACUGCUGGUCCCCUGGGGAUGGUCUCUCCUCUCCUCUCCUCCUGGAGAAACGUGGUGGGUUUGGUCUGCGAGAGGACAGGGCUGCCCCCAGUUUGUGGCCACCCAUCUCCGGCUGCAGCAGGGCCCGGCUGGGGAGGUGGGAUCCGGCCUGGGGCUGGGGCAGUGCCUUCCCUGGGGGGCUUUUUUUGGGCAGGUGAUACAGCAAAACAAGCCCCCUCAGCGCCUGUGUAAAUAGUUGCUUUGAGAGGUGAGGAAUCUGGGCGAUGCAGAUUUUGGUUUUAUUUUUUUAAAUCCCAACCUUUCCGUAUUUCCCCCGUCCCUUCAGGCAGGGCGGGGAACAGGGACUGCUCUUUUUUUGUGCCAGUUGUUGGUUUUUUUUGUUUGGUUUUUUUUGGUUUUUUUUUUGUUUUUUUUCUGCCUCAGCACUUUAUUUUUACAGCAACAGAGAAACCUCAGCUCAGGUUGGAGAGCGUGGAGCUGCCUCCUCACCCCAAGCCCUGGGGCGAGGGAGGACGGAGCUCGAGGUGCGGUGCAUCCCGGGGACCCCUGGCUCUCUUGUGGUGGGGUCCCUGGACGUGGGCAUUGGCUCCUGCUGUGUUCCCACUUGGUUUCCAGCCACCCUGGGGGCUGAGCAGGGCCUGGAGCAGGAACCAAGCACCUCCCUGCUCUGGAAGGGUGUGCUGAACCCUGGCCCACGCUUUCAGUAGUGACACUCUUAUUUUUUUCCCUCCAUUUUAGCGCACAAAUGUAAUUUUUGGAACACUUUCAGAAGCGUUAGGAACCAAGGCGUGUGGAAGGCAAAGGGGCUCUGCCAUCACAAAGGGUCCAAGCCAGUCACCUUUGGCUGGGAGCCUCUCCCUGCGUGGGAUGGGGUGUCCCUGGGGGUCACCACAUGCUGCCCACAUGUCACAAAAAUAAAUCACCUUGUUUACAGUGCCCGAGCUGGCCCUGGCACGCUCCAGCUGCCUCUGCGGGCCGUUACUGAAUGUCAAAUCACUCACAAAAACCCUCAUAAUAAUCUUUCUUUUUACCCUUUCUUUCCUGUUCCCACUCCCUCCCCUCCUGGUGGCAUCCUCCACCCCAGCUCUGGUAAGAGGCAGCUCUCUCUGGUGCUUCUCCCCGUGCUCCUCUUGCUUCUUGCGUUGUGGCUGGUGCAUGCCUGGGGUGGACGGUCCCCACCGCGCUGCUGCUUUCCUUCGGUGAGCCCAGCUGUCUCCCUGGAGAGUUCCCUUGCCUUUCUGCUGGAUUA